GUUUGUUCGCAAUGCACAGAGCCAUUAAAGACAUGUUCCAACGGACUUUGCGACGGUAAGGAGUGUGAGACCAACGUAACGAACAAUGCAGUUGAAGCCAUAGUGGCCAUAAUGAGCGUUUCUGUGGUGUUGAUCAUCGGUUUAGUGAUGCUGUUGGUGUACAUAUGCCUCAAGCAAGGACCCCGGUCACAAAACAGCGAUUCUACGAACGAGUCUAAUAUGGUAACGUGUGAAAACACUGCUAUUGAAAUUCCAGAUUACUUGCUUAGGAGACGCUUUUCUUCCUUAAGCACGACGUCGGGUCCACCGCCGUAUUUUAGUCUCUUUAACUUCAUUUGUAAUGAAAAUGGAGAGAUUCUUAACACUGUUAUAGGACAAGACUUUAGAACUGAAAAUCUACCACGACUCCCGAGCACGUCCGAGCAACCUCCCGAAUACGGAGUGUUGUUCGGGACGCCGCCGCCUUACGAUGUGGUCGUUCUGCGGAGUGAAUCGUCAACAACAGGUUUUGAGACACAAGGCGAUACAAGAUCGUAAACUUCGCGAGGAAACAAAAGAUUGAAUCUGGGUCUAACUUUUAGACACUGAAAUUGCUGGUUUGAGCACUUUUGAAAAACAAAAAACAAGGGAUCAAUAUGAAACACACUGAAGUGUGUCGCUUUGAUCUGACGUCACCUGCACCGGUUGUGUUAUCCACGAAGGGGAUCGACAGGACGAAAAUGACGCAGAAGGUAAACUGACAAACUUGUGACUACCUCAACACCGGCUAGACUCCUUUCGUUUGAGUUUCCUUUCAGAGUAAGGAAGAUUUUACGGCAUGUCAUGUAUAGAUUUAUAGUGAAGGUUAAUUAGACUAAAUUUCGUAUCGCCGGAUUUGCGUUUUUUUUUUUGGAGACUUAGCAGGUUUGGGACCCCAGUGCAUGUCUAGUUUAGAUUCAGUUCACAGUGAUUUCUAGAGGCCGGAUUGCCAACUGAAGCAAGAACAAGCAGGAAGCGAAGGCGUUGUGGUGGUACAGUUCCUUAAAACUGAAUAUCUACUGGUUUCAAUAACCUGAGUAACAUGCUACUCACUGAGACUUUCGUACCGUAAAUCAGAACUUAAAAAACGUCUGAUUGUUAUAAAUGGUGGAAAUGCGGAGUAUAAGGGAGAAAAUUACAUUGAAAUAAAAACAAGCAAGUGCGGGAGAGGAUACUAUCCCCUCUUGGCUACGUGACAAUUUAGCCAUUUUUUGUAGGGCCAGUGAGGCUAUCAACCCGGAAAGGGCGCGUCAAGAAGCAAGCUCACAAACGGAAAUAGGCAAAGCUUUGUGUCUACUUUUGCGACAAUAUAUUUAAAAAAUAAAAACUUACUGGACAAAAGGCCCUAUCUAUCUGUUUAUUUACUCAGAAUUUCUAAAGAACAUUACAGAGCAGUCAUUGGGGCAUUAAGCUUAGAACAGCGUUUUACAGUAGCCUGUUCCAGGCGUUUAGAUCGUGGGGACGGUGCAAAAAGAUGUGGGCAGAAAAAAAACCAGGAGGUGGGGUAGGGGUCAGAGCGAGGAAACGCCUGUAAGACGUUUUAACAAAAGCUCGUCCGGUAUACCCUACGAUUGGUCUAUUUUGACAGCUCUUGUUAGCACUAAGAGAUUCAUUACGUUGAUUGGAAAUGUGAUGCGCUAGCAAUGAGAUUACAUAUCAGGUUAUCUUGAAACCACGGUGAAGUGAUUUGAAUAAGCAACACAGGUAAUGUGGAAUAUCAUCCUUGAGGCAGGAUCUCGUCAACGGAAAGUAGGGCUUCGGAAAUUUUACCAUUUAUUGGCUUUUAAACGAGCUCUUUCCUUUCAGUUCUCUUCAGGAAUAUUAAAUACGCCCANUUCAUUAAGAAAGAGAUAAGAGAUUCAGUAAGAGAUUCAUUACGUUGAUUGGAAAUGUGAUGCGCUAGCAAUGAGAUUACACAUCAGGUUAUCUUGAAACCACGGUGAAGUGAUUUGAAUAAGCAACACGGGUAAUGUGGAAUAUCAUCCUUGAGGCAGGAUCUCGUCAACGGAAAGUAGGGCUUCGGAAAUUUUACCAUUUAUUGGCUUUUAAACGAGCUCUUUCCUUUCAGUUCUCUUCAGGAAUAUUAAAUACGCCCAUGAACCUUCUUUUGAUAUGAGUCUUUGUUUGUUUAGCCUGCGAAUACAGCCGUUUAAUUUCACUUUGGCCUUGUUCCUCGCCGGACGGUUCGCCUUGGCGGCUACUCAAGUACGACAGUUUAACACAGUUGGAGUCGCUACAACAGUAGGAAAGCGUGGACGAAUUGGCAUUGAAUGUAUAUAGAAGAGAAGAAAAUGCAGCUUCUUCAGUCCUGAAAUUCCUGAAAGUUGGCUGUCAAAACACUCACCUGAAUAUUUUGAAAGCCGAUUUUGUGAAAAGGAACAAAUGUGCUAGUCUCGGGACGUACUUUGAGAUCUCUAUUCGCUUAACACGUCUUUCAAAGCUACGCGUUGAAGCUUUUACUGACAAACAAAUUCAAACCGCAUUUCAAUAAUAACAACAAAAACCAACAGCAGCUAGUAUAUGAUCUGUUGAGUGAAAAUCAACGGCAGAGAAAGUGGAACGAGUAAUACUUGCCAGUUCUUUAAUUUUUGGAGGUAAAGGAUAUAUUCGCUUGCAGAAAACAAAUAUAAAAGAUCAAUACAGGCAUAUAUUUUUGUUAAUUCAGUAAACAGUGCGGUUUGUUGCCCGUUGCUUGAUCGACAACAUUUAACACCGGAAACUACGUUCGGAUUGCUAGCCGACAAAGUGGGCGGAAUGACCUUUUGAAAACAAAUCUCACAGGCGUUCCCUCCUUUCUCCCUCUUUUCCACUAUCCGAACGCCUGGAGCAAGCUACGUUUUACAGUUGUGCUUAUAUAUAUAAAAAAAAAUGUUUUACGUGUAAUUAGUACGAAGUAAGGGCCCUUUCUUGGAAAUCCUGAUACUUUUGAAAAGUAGAACAGGCACUGUAAGUUUCAGCCCACAAACAACCGAAAAUUGAAAAAGCCAGAUGUAAUAAUACUGAUGUCAUGUCAGAGCGUAGAAUCUUGAGUCCACCCACCCCCUUUCCCGAGAAUGGUUGCGAACCUAUGACCUGCUAAACACCAGACGGAUGCACAGGGUCCAUAAGUUUGAACGUCUUUUAAAAAUGGCAAAGUAUAAAUCCUGGUCGCUUCGCAAACUUAAUAAGCACAAUUAAGAACCUAGUCUCCUGGCACAAUGCCGGAUCUUUACGGUUCCAGUUUGAAUUGAUUCCCGACUCCAUAUCUCCUGAUCAGGAGCUUCUACAGAUCUUCAUUUUGAAAAUAAAUGACCACUAGCAUUUCCUCGUAGGCGCAAAUGACCGUUCAGUCUUAAGAGCAACGGCGGAAAGCCAAGCUUUGCGAGCUUUAAUCAUAAAUAUUUACUGUAAGCCGAUCAUGGCAUCUUACGAGCCUUCAGUCUUGAAGUCUGGGGUGUAAGUUCAAGGUACUUGAUAUACUUUCCCAUAAUAAAUAGUCUAAUUACUAUAGUUGCUUUGUAUGAAGAAAAGGUGGUCACUUUGCCUCCAGUACUUAUAGGAUUAGUCUUAAGUACGCAGACGACGGGUUCCGUCAUGUGGCUGCCGAAGAACUUGAACUUUAGUCGUUUGGAGUUCUAUGUCAGUUUUGCUUUUGAGAAAAACUCAAUUUAAAAAAGCAACAGUCCAGCCCUUUACUCAGGUGUUAUUUACAGCCCCUUAUCCACUAACCCAUAGAAACAACCCUUUUCGAAUCCGUGUUGGUGAAAUAAUAAAAAGAUCUUUGGUAGACAUUUGAUUCCAGAACAACUGAAUUUAACGAUCUUCCGCGAUCCGAUCAACAUUCUGGGUUUAAAGUUGAGCAUGCAGUCAGUAAGCCUCUGAUAACAUAUCUAGUUUUUACACAGUCAUAAGUUUAAAGUCAGUAUUUUUUAAGACCUAGUAUCUUUUCCACCCUCUCGCACGAGGUUAGUUUUACCACCUUACAGCUUGUCUGCAUUCAAGAUUUAUCCGCUUUUCUCUACAUUAGAGAUGAAUAAACGUAAGUUAUCAAGGCAAAAAGUUGUAUCUGCUUUAAAAUGACAUCCGUGAUAUCCUUAACUUGACUUGGCCUCGUGCGAUUACAUAAACCAUUUAACUGACCCCAAGAGCCAUAUGGCUCUUGCUGACCCAUAUAUAGUAUCACCUAGAAUUGUAGUACCAACCUUCAUUUCGACAAAAGGCUUAUCUUCAGUUAUUAAACAUGGAAGUAGGCCUGCGGGUGGCCCCUUAAGAUACACCGUUUCUGUCUACGGGUUAUGGUACGCGACCAUGUUUGCCACGUAGUUAUAUAAAAGGCAACCAUGACUUUCUAGAUGUGAUAAUACCAUCAUCGUCAGUUCGACCUGGUAGCUUAGCCGUCUCUCUGGGGUAGGAAGUAAGCUAUGGCUACAGAUGUGGGAAAUACUCGUUCCCCUACACCAAAGCGGUGUAUCUUAAGGUCUCUAUCAUCACUAUUUUUUCGCCCCAUUCCUAAAUUAAGAGGUCCAACAUUACGAAAUUCCAUUGACCUCUCAGCGUGAAUAGACCUCAGUUUUGUAGAAGGAAGUAUCAGUUCAGUAUCCUUUAGAGCGGUUUUCACUUGACUGUCGUAAAACCAAAACCAAAGUAAAUACACUAGCCAACCAAAGGGCGUAGUAAAACCAAAACCAAACCAAUUCCUCAAUUACUUUCGACAGUCAAGUGAAAACCGCUCUAUAGACGACAAAGAAUCUGGAAUUGGUUGCCUUCUUUACUAACUAGCUCCCAUUCCGCAUUUAAAAAAUAAUCUGAAGGGUGACUAUCUCAUUGAUGGUCGAUCAGUCGCUUAUUUUUUGUUGUUUCUGUGCACUUUGUCCUUAGCGAGGUAUUUCAUAUCAAUAUAACGUACGGAAGCCUAUUAAUGUAUUUCAAGAAGCUACUAGCUCCGCAAGGCUCCCCUAUCACAUUGGUUUAAAAUUUAAUUAACAACUUUUGUUUUAAGUGUUAAAAGUUUUCUUGUGUGGGCGACGAAAUAAACAAAUGAAAAGAGCCUACUUACAAGCUAUUUUGUUUGAGUUUAUUUGACUGCAUUUAGUUUUGGAAGAAAACGUAAAGCCUAUCGAUCAACAGAAUAGGCCACUUCCUAGUUCCAAAAACCCUCACUUUCAAAAUGAGGCCAAGUGUACAGCCUUUCUUGUGAAUAUGUGUUUUAUUUGCAUAAGAAUGAAAAAUCAUUUCCUCAUCAAAGGUUGAACACUUAACCUCGUUUUGAUACAGAGGCCCGGGGGAACUCGGAAAUGGCCUAUUAAAUAACAUAUUUAUAACUCCAACAAGCUAUUUAUUCUUAUUGCCUUUUUGCAGCCCCGAUUUAAGCAUUUUAGGUAACGAGUUCGUACAUUCUGAUUGGCUAUAAACAGCCCUGAUUUCAGCAUUGAAAUAACGCGCACUGACAGUGGUACUUGAAUGUGUUCUAUCACCUCUUGGGCGAUCUUGUUCUUUAUAAACGCAAACAUUGAAAAUAAGGACUCGGCUGGCCUUACCAUUAAAUUAUUGUACAUUGUUUAUCUGCUCUGUUAUUUUCGCUGUCAGCAGAAUCGGGUGAAAGGGUCAAAUCUGUUUAUACAGUUACCAUGGCAACAAUGAAAACAUAACGAACCCUGCCGUCAGCUUUAUUCAAUAAAGAAGAAAGAAAUGAGGAAGUACGUUGUCCAAGAAAUAUUUAAUUUACUGCCACGCUAGCGGAAACUUCUACUCUCUUACUUUUUGUAAACACCGCCAAUUCUUCCCUGCCGGGGUCAUAUAUUUAAGAAAAAAAAGUCCCUGAUCUAAAUUUAGAUCAACAGUUGUAAGUUAACCACUAACCAAUGAGUGACGAAAGUGAAACGUCAUAAUUUAACUAGAACAAAGUGACGGAGUGUCCUUUUCUUGGUCAGUGACAGUUACCAUAUUAGUAUUACACAUUCUUUUCCCCUUAAAUUUAUUACUUGUUUAAAAUCGAAGGGUCUGUACUGUCUUUGAGUUUUCGUUUGAAGAAAAAAAUGUUUCAAUGAGUGAAUACCUAUAUCUAGGUGCAAAACCGUGAAUCAGGUACUUACGGUAAUUAAGCCAACAUAUAAGUACAUUGUGAGAGUUGGAAUCUUUGCUAACAUCAUAGACGGAAAAUGCUUUAAUUCAAUAUUAAAAACUGACUUGUUCCCUUGCCAAAUGACCCCAAUUUCAAUUUGAAAAACUUUUGACCUAAAUAAAACUUCCGUCUUUUGAAUCUGUGCUAGAUUAGAUGCAAACAUUUUGUUUUCCUCCAAUUUUACGUGAUGUGACUGAACAGCAUUCACAUGCAAAUAAAGAGUAUUCAUUAAGACCGCCAACUGCAGCCAAGAUACGUUACUCGCAUCGUUUCACAUGAACAAAAACGUAAAUAGCGGUCCACUAACCGACUGAAAUAAAAAUAUCCCAGCGCACUAUGACGAAGCAGAAAUUGAACUUUUGAACAAAACACAGCGAAGCAGGAUUCAGUGUUAAGUCAAGUUAAGUACGUCUGGGAUUGAAAACAUGUCUUUAAUACACAUCUUGGUAGCAGUUUAUUUCGUGAGCCAACCUGUCGCUACAAGAGGAAACGGCACAAACGAAAACAACAGCCAAGUGAUCGAUAACAUAAAGUGCGGUUUAAUGAACAUUUCUUGUGCCUUUGGAAAGGUUUGUAAAGGAGGUGUUUGCAUCGAUGUCGGAAAAAAUUCGACGGAAUCCGAGCCAACGAAAAUGACUUACCAAGAAGAAACAGACCCAACAUACGAAGUAAUAAUGGACUCAACUCCUAGUACUACUUCGCGAAGGCAAUUGAAAACUGACACCACUAAGUCUCACAGUUUCAUAACCGGAAAUCAGGAGUUUGCAAUCGCGAUUGUUGGAUUCUGUGUUCUGUUCUUUAAUUUUUGCUUGAUAUCUUUCUGUCUGGGGCGAAUGAAAAGAAGACGAUUGGCGCAGUUACAGCACCAAAGGCUCCAAGAGGCAACGCGCAGUUCUCAAGCUUCACAAACGGGGGACUGGAAUGCUGAACAACUGAACACGGGGAUUGAUAAUUUUGCGCUCAAUGGCGAGCUCGAUGCGUUCUCUAGUGAUUUUACGUUUCCCCAAGUGCGUUUGCCACCUUACGACUUCUCGUCGGCUUACCAUAAACCCAGGCCCAUGGAGGAAGGGGACACGGUAGAAGGCGAAUUACCCAACCAGGUCAGCAUCGAUGUUGAGAACAUCGAUGAGGACCCCCCACCAUACAACGAUCAACAGUUCGAUCAUUUGAACAGCCCACCGAGCUACGAUGAACUUUUAGUGGUUCGGAGCAACGUGGAAGAAAGCACUUCUUAA